AAACAAGAACAACAACAACAACAAGUCUAUUGGACAUUUAAGCAAAAUCUCCAAGCAUGGCAUCUCCUUUAGACAAAAUACGCCAGAAGAUGAUUUUUGGCAAAUUAGAAGUGAGCAAACACGAUACAAAGGUGGACACGUAGCGAAAAAACGAAAUAUUUUCAAAAGCAGCAAACGUAACGGUAGAUCUAAAUGGGGUUGGCUGCCUUAAAUGAAUGACAGGAAAGAAAAAAGAAAAUUAAACGGCAAAACAGAUUUAUGGUGCAAAUAAAAAGGAUUAAUGAAAAUAAGAGCAAAUUAAAAAAAGUAAUAAAAAUUAAUAAAAGUCAAUUUGUAGACAGACAGAUCACUUUAUGAAACAAACUAACAACUUGGCAUUUCGUAUGUAAAAGCAUCAUUUGGGGGAAAGAAAAACUAUGGAACAUCAUAAUGCCGGAACAGCAGCGACAACAACACCAGCAGCCACAGCAACAACAAAUUUGCGUUCACCACGUGACUCGGAACAAUUAUCGCAGAAAUUUCAAAAUCAACAGACACAGCAACAGUCCGCCACACAACAACAACAACAGCAACAAUAUCAUAAUUCUCAACAACAUCAGCCACAACAGCACCAUUCACACACAUCGCAAUUAUCAACACAGCAACAACAACAACAAAAUAAUGAUCAUCAACAGCAAUUCUGUUUGAGAUGGCAUAAUCAUCAGACCAGUUUACUAAGUACACUGCCCAUAUUGUUGGAUCAAAGUCAUCUAACCGAUGUUACCAUAUCGGCUGAGGGUCGGACACUGCGUGCCCAUCGUGUUGUGCUCAGUGCCUGUAGUUCAUUUUUCCUGGAGAUAUUUCGGACCCUGGAUAAUACCCAUCAUCCGGUGAUAAUUAUACCAGGAGCCUCAUUUCAGGCCAUUGUUUCGUUGCUAACCUUUAUGUAUUCGGGUGAGGUGAAUGUCUAUGAGGAACAAAUACCCACCCUAUUGAGUUUGGCCGAAACGCUGGGCAUCAAGGGCCUGGCAGAUGUUCACAACAAUUUACAGAAACCCUCACACAAAUCGACAGGGGAGCCAAAAGAUCCCGAGGAACCAGAAAAAUCCCUGACACCACCCACACCACCGCCCUCAUCCUCAUCACAGGCUAACUCAAAUAAUUUCACCAUGCCACCAACACCCCUGCAGUCAGCUUCAAGUGCCUUGGCAGCCACCAAUCUACCUCCCUCCCCCUUUAGCCCGCUACUUAAUCCUGUAUUAAAUUCCAAAUUUCCCUCUCCGCUGGAGAAUUUUUUCCUUAAAUCCUUACAAUUCUAUCCGAAUCUAAUGCAUCAGCCUUUGAAUUUUUCCCAAACUGCCCUGAACAAGACUUCGGAAAUAUUGGCCAAAUAUCAGCAGCAGUGUAAUUUGUAUCAGGCCAAUUUGGCCAUGUUGCCGCCAGCCACCGGCACAGAGGAGGCAAAUCGUAAUGAGGACAUGCAUGGCAGCAAACGGUUUUGUACGGGUCUGGAGAAGAAAUGCCCUUUAACAGGGGGACAAAUGGGUAGCUCCAGUUCCCUCUCAGUGGGUCAGCAAAAAGACAUGAAACGCAUUGAUAAAAUUGUGGAGAAUCUAAGAGGUUCAUCGCUCCCCAUGGUUGGCAGUGGCGGUGGAGGUGGUGGCGCCCAAACAAAAUUGGCAAAUCAUCAUGGCGAUGGAUCCUCCUCUCAUCUGCAGUCACAAUUAAAUCCGCUCAACAUUAAAACAUCCAUGGAAAACUUCACCGCGGCAACAUCUCCUUUAAUGGCUGGGAAAUCUUCGCUCUUCUCCUCCCCCACAUCGGCGGAACCAAAUUCCACACCAUUACCCCAUCCCCAGUUGGGUUUUACAAUAUCUCCAGAGGAUCAGCUAAAAUUGCAACAACAUUUGGAUAAAUAUGCGGCAUCUUGUGCAGCUGCAGCAGCCGCUGCUGCUGCGUCCAGUAAUGCCAAUGAGACGGCCAAACAGGACUCUAGAAGUGGUAGUGGUGCUGGGGGAGGAGGGCCGACGGAAAAAUUGUCAACACCCCAGAGUCCCCAGAAUAAAACACCGUCCAGUUCGAAGCUGUAUGCCACCUGUUUUAUAUGCCACAAACAGCUAUCGAAUCAAUAUAAUCUGAGAGUCCACCUGGAGACACAUCAGAAUGUGAGAUAUGCCUGCAAUGUCUGCUCCCAUGUGUCACGCAGCAAGGAUGCUCUACGCAAACAUGUCUCCUAUCGUCAUCCGGGAGCGCCAUCACCCUGCGAGACAGAUGCCCGGCGCAAACGGGCAAAUAAACUGUUGGCUUCGACGUUGAAUGCAGCAGCUGCAGCCGCCGGAAACUCACCAAAUGCCGAGGAUAUGAAAAUAAAUCUACCACUUACACCACCUGGUCUGCAGUCUGCCUUUCAAAAUGCCACCGGUGGUCCGGCUGGGGAAAGAUUACAACUGGAGCAUCUGCCAACAUCACCCUCCUCCUCAUCGUCCUCACAACAAUUGGCUGCCCAGUUGAGUUAUCAGCAAAUGUUUCUGCCCAAUCAAUUUCAUUUGGCUGCAGCAGCGGUACAACAGCAGCAACAACAACAUUUGAGGGAAAAACAAGAAAGUCCAAUUACCACACCAACACCCAGCGCAACACCCACAUCGGCAGCAACUCCAACCAAAGAGUUAUCCCUGAAUUUCUUAACGAAAUCAAAUGCCCUAAUAGCGGAAGAGGCUGCGGAUAAUUCACACAAAACCAUAACGCCAUCUACAACACACUCACCCACAGCCAACAACAACAACAACACAACAGCCAACAUGACAGCUACACAGGAUCAAAAUAAUGAAACAAAAUCAAUUGAUGGUGGGGGUGAGGCAAGAAAUAGUCCAACUUAGAUUUACCCCUAAGUCGUUUUUAUAG